AGCUGAGGCCGGGCGGGCGGAGUUGGAGCGGCGGCCGUGGCUGCGGAGCGGACGGAGGAGCGAGGCCAGGGCCAGGGCUAGAGCCGGAGCUGCGGCUCCGGGACACUCGGGGCGGCGGGCGGCGGGGGCCGGGCGCCGGGGCCCAGCGACGGCAGCAGCGGCCAUGGCCGAGAGCAUCAUAAUCCGUGUCCAAUCACCAGAGGGGGUGAAGCGGAUCACUGCAACCAAGAGAGAAACAGCUGCAACAUUUUUGAAAAAGGUUGCAAAGGAAUUUGGCUUCCGGAAUAAUGGUUUCUCAGUUUACAUCAAUAGAAACAAGACAGGAGAGAUAACAGCAUCACCAAACAAAUCCCUCAACCUGUUAAAAAUUAAACAUGGCGAUUUGUUGUUCCUGUUUCCCUCGAGCCUUGCUGGACCCUCAUCUGACAUGGAAACUUCCUCCUCUCAAGCAUUGCGUGCCUGGGGAGCUCCCAAUGUGGUAGAAGAUGAGAUUGAUCAAUACCUUAGUAAACAGGAUGGGAAGAUUUAUAGGAACCGAGACCCACAGCUUUGCCGACAUGGUCCUUUGGGAAAAUGUGUGCACUGUGUACCUCUCGAGCCAUUUGAUGAAGAUUACUUGAACCAUCUUGAACCUCCUGUGAAGCAUAUGUCUUUCCAUGCCUACAUUAGAAAACUGACUGGAGGGGCUGAUAAGGGGAAAUUUGUUGCCCUGGAGAAUAUCAGCUGCAAGAUUAAAUCUGGUUGUGAGGGACAUCUUCCAUGGCCUAAUGGCAUUUGUACCAAGUGCCAGCCAAGUGCCAUCACACUCAACAGACAGAAAUAUCGGCAUGUAGACAACAUCAUGUUUGAGAAUCACACGGUUGCUGAUCGUUUCCUUGACUUCUGGAGAAAGACUGGGAACCAACAUUUUGGGUACUUGUAUGGACGGUAUACAGAACAUAAAGACAUUCCUCUUGGCAUUAGGGCUGAGGUUGCUGCAAUUUAUGAACCCCCUCAGAUUGGUACACAGAACAGCCUGGAGCUCCUUGAAGAUCCCAAAGCUGAAGUUGUAGAUGAAAUUGCUGCCAAACUUGGCCUGAGAAAGGUUGGCUGGAUAUUUACAGACUUAGUCUCAGAAGAUACCCGAAAGGGUACUGUCCGAUAUAGCCGAAACAAGGACACAUAUUUUCUGAGCUCAGAGGAGUGUAUAACUGCAGGAAACUUUCAGAACAAGCAUCCCAACAUAUGUCGGCUUUCUCCAGAUGGUCAUUUUGGAUCCAAAUUUGUAACUGCAGUAGCUACAGGUGGCCCAGACAACCAAGUUCAUUUUGAGGGUUACCAGGUAUCUAAUCAGUGCAUGGCAUUGGUCCGGGAUGAGUGCUUGUUGCCCUGUCGAGAUGCCCCUGAGUUGGGUUAUGCCAAGGAAUCCAGCAGUGAACAGUAUGUGCCUGAUGUGUUCUAUAAGGACAUAGAUAAGUUUGGUAAUGAGAUCACCCAGCUGGCCCGCCCCCUUCCAGUGGAGUAUCUGAUCAUAGAUAUCACAACGACUUUCCCCAAGGAUCCAGUUUAUACUUUUUCUAUUUCACAAAGUCCAUUCCCUAUUGAGAACCGAGAUGUCCUAGGCGAGACACAGGAUUUUCAUAGUUUGGCUACGUACCUGUCUCAGAACACCUCCUCUAUUUUCCUAGACAUCAUCUCAGAUUUCCAUCUGCUCCUCUUUCUGGUCACCAAUGAAGUCAUGCCUCUUCAGGACAGCAUUAGCUUAUUGUUGGAAGCUGUGAGGACUAGGAAUGAGGAGCUAGCACAGACCUGGAAGAAAUCUGAACAGUGGGCCACCAUCGAACAGCUCUGCAGUACAGUUGGUGUCCAGCUUCCAGGAAUGCAUGAGUAUGGUGCCAUCGGGGGUUCAACACACGCCACCUCCUCGGCAAUGUGGGCUUGUCAACAUUGUACCUUCAUGAACCAGCCAGGCACGGACCACUGCGAGAUGUGUAGCCUGCCCAGGACCUAACACUCCCCACCAUCCUCCUGGGCACACCUGGGGACCAGACUCACAACCCUCUUAGAAGCCAGGAUCGUUUCUUAUGAUUCUUCCCCUGUAAUGAUGCCCCAGUGGUGGGCAGACCCGAAGGAGGGGAAAAGGCUACCUACCCUUGGGUCUCUGUGACCCACAGAAGCAUCUUGGCACUGUUCUUUCCAGAGGGUACCCACUAGAUAGAGGGAUCCACGGCUGGGUUUUCUGCCAGGCUGAAUUUAAUCUCAAAACUGGAAAUCCCAAAACUGUAUCCCCAAAGCAAGAAAGUCAGACAUUUAACCUCAGUUUACAGUUUUGCAAUUUGUAUUUGAUAAGACCUGCGCCCUUCUGUGUCACCUGGAAUUUGCUUUUCCUGCAGCCUUCCCCUUCCUUUUGCAAUUUCCACCCUUUUUUAUUCUCUUGCCCUCUCCAUCUCUUCCACUCCUUUUCCCCUAAUCUCUUUUUUAAAUCUUGUUUGCCCUCUGCCUUGCCUCUAUUUUCUACUCCAUUACUGGGUGUUGGAUCCCUGCUGACAGUGGUAGAUGCUUUUACCCUCUCAGCUCGGCCAGUCAUCUGGUGAGAAUGAGAACCAGCUCAGGCAAAUGAGCUCGAUCUUAAGGCAGGAGGCGUCUUUCCUUUUCAUUUGCAUGAUUUUUUUUUUUCCUUUUCACCUCUUCCCUUCUCUCACCAAUUAGGAGGUGAGAUUUAAAGAUCUGCAUUGGUUAUGACAGCAGUUUAUAAUUCUUGCCUACAGGCCCUUUUGAUUUAUUUGUUUUUAUUUUUAAAGAGAAAAAUACUGCACAAAAGGGAAGUGUGAGAGUCUACUUUCCACUUCCCUUUCCCCCCCUCUCUUCUCAAGUUUUCACCUUAAUAAAUCCCUUUUGGGGUGUGUGUUUGUGGAUGGGCGUGUAGGGAUGUGUGUAGGUGUGUGGAUCCACAGUUAGUUAUCCUUUGAAGUAAACCUCAGUGCCUGAGUCUUUCCACCAAGAUACACAGUAUAAACAGUUUUAAAAGCAGGAGGUCUAGAUUAGGAGAACAGAAGAAUAAGCCGCACCCAGGCAAGUGGAACACAGAAGCUGAGCAUUGGAGUUGGGGUUGUUUGGGCUUUGUUUUGUUUUUUAAAUUUUUAAUUAGUGCCUGUAGUCCCCUGGAUCUACCAGAGGUGAGCUCAGCUCAGUCACAGCAUUCAGUAUUGUGUUCCCACCCACAAACCUCCUCUCCUCUUUCUAUUUCCUAUGUCCUUGGCCUUAUGAUUCACUGGCAUGUCAGCUGUAGCAAUCUCAGGAGGGAAUUUAGGGUUCUUCUAAGUGUGAGGACUGUGCAAGACCCCUUGAGAAGUCAGCCGAGGAAGUGAAUCAUGACAGCUACAGGGGAGAAGAACUGAGGUCUUAAUGGGAUCACUGGCUUCUAUUUACUAGUCAAGGCUCUGCCUGCAAGUGGGUGGGUACAUCAUAGCCCAGUACCUCCAGGGAAGUUCUUUACAAUCUUCCCCAUGUUGAGCCAAUUGGCAUGGCAUGGUACCGCGUUACCUUUCUGUCUUGAUGCCAGCUGCAAACUAUCCUCGGCCUUUUAGCAUAAAGGAAAAUGCAUAGCUAUAGGAUGCUUCUGCCACUUUUACACAUCAUGAUAUUCUUGCAUAUGCUGAACCCUCAUUUCCUCUUGGGUUCUAGAGAGAAUGUUUGCAUCUGCUAAGUUUGCAUGUUGACUUCUGAUGUGUCAAAAAGUUCAGUAUAAUCUUUGGCUGACAUCCUUGGGCAGAAUUGGCUAGUGGUACUAGCUGCUUUUCCUGAUCUAGGGCUUGGUUUGAUGAUUGUUUUACCUGGGCAGUAAUUUCUUUGGGGACAUAUGGGACUGUUGGAAAAGAGGAUUUGGAGUGAAACAUGAAGUCCUGCACAGGGAAGCACUUCUCCAGGUAAUCUAUUCUAGAGGUGUUGAAAAUGGUAUUGGGGACUGUUCUUUUGGAAUAUUGAAUAUCCUUAUCAAUUCAGACCUAAUGUUUAGAAUCAUUCUGGAAGUUUAAUGCAUCUAGUUAGUAACUUUAUAUGCACACUCUGAAAUUUUCUUUAUUCAUUUUCAACCAAGUGGAAACUUACUUGCUACUAUCACAGAUGUGGGAGCAAAUCAUAUGAAAGAAAGACCAAGGCUCCUCCUCUGCUUGCUCUAGUCUCCUUUAUCUGCUGCAUUUGUUUCACUUUACUUUCAGCCAACUUUUUUUCCCUUCUGAGAAAUUCUGGUAUUCAUACAACUCUUUGUCCUUUUGAUUUUAUUUUUCUUUUGGUUUAAAUACUAGGUUCAGUGAUGAACUUUGCACCAUUAUCCAAAAAAAGCUGUCAAGGGGCUAUAUGAAGCUAUAAAUAUGGCUAGAGGGUUGGCAGAAAGGUCUAGCCCCUGACCAAACUACUGGCUGCCGCCUCCAGAGUUGAUGAUUGAUCCCAACCCUACUGAUGAGUCUCAGGGCACAAUUUGCCUUCCUAAAUGCAGAACGCCUAAAAAAGUUUGCCUCUUCUGCCAUUAGUAUGGGCCAUUUUCCCUUUGUUAUCCCAGCCAGAAGCACAUCUCCCACUGUAUAUUCCACUUUAAUGACUAUGACAGAACCAAUAAUGGUCACAAGCCAGGAAAGUGGUGACUUAUAAGUGUUCAGGAUGGAAGGGCUCAUAUAGGCAGCCCUUUUUGACGAGAAGGAUGUUGGUUUUUUCUCAGCCCACCUCUCUUCUUCCCUUACAGUUUGCAUACCUAAAAACUAGCUCUCUGGGGGUGUUGGUGCUCCAGCUUUGCCUGUUUGCAGAUGUGCAUUUGUUGGAUUUGGAUUGGAGUUAUCUUAAUUACAGCCCUGUAAGUGAAACCUAAUAAAAAGAAAAUAUACCUGAAA